UUUGGAUUCUGGUGGUUUAAAAAAAAAAACAAAGAUCACGAGUGUCACUUGUGUUUUCUGUAACCGUUUCAUUUGGUCAAUUUAAUUACAGAGACAAAAAAAAAAAAAGACAGAACAGAACCCAAAGAUUCAAUUGUUUUGCUGUCUUCACAACUCCUCUUCUUUUUCUUCUUCACUGAGAAUUUAGAGUUUGUGUCAAAAAUGGAUUCUGAUCUUUAUAUCUUUGAUGGGUCUUCAUCGUCUUCCUCAAUUUGCCACCAUUCAAGUAGUACUGAUCCAGAAAUGUUUUCUUCCGACACAACAACAACAGAUCUCUUCUCCAACAAUCCUUAUCUCAAUCAAAUUGAUGAUCAAUCCCUUAAUUUCUUUGAAAGUUUUACCCCUGCGACUCAUCAUCUCCUCUCUUCUUCUCCUCCGAUAUCUCAGCUCCAAACCCUAAACCUCUCUCACACAAACAGUUUCCCCAACUUCUCUGGUUUCGAAAGCUUUGACUCCGUCAAAACAGAGGAGCUCGUGUUCAAUUCUCCGUUUGAUGUUCCAAUCAUGGAAGAUUCCUCGAAUUUCCAGAAUCAGAAUUUAUUAUGCUCGCCGGAUUUCUCCUGCUUCGCCGGUCACAUGCGACGAGUCUGCAGCGCCGGCGAUUUGCAGAAUCUGAGGAGGGAUUUUACGGGGCAACGAUCACACUCGAGUCCGUUAGUGGUCGAGAGCUCAUCGGCGAUGCCGUUUUCCGGAGAAGAACAGAGUUUGAAGCUGGGGCGUUACAGUGCCGAAGAACGUAAAGAGAAGAUUUCAAAGUAUAGAGCUAAACGAACACAGAGAAACUUCACCAAAACCAUUAAGUAUGCAUGCCGGAAAACGUUGGCGGACAACAGACCAAGAGUACGUGGCAGAUUUGCACGAAACGACGAAGUUUUUGAGAACCCCACCGUCACUAGACAAGAAGACGACGACCUUUGGAAUUUGGAUGGGUUGCAUGAUGAAGAAGAAGCUUUUGUGAACAGCUUUGUGGAGUGUCAGUCUCAGUCUCAGCCUCAGUUGCAAAUGCAAUACACAACGCCGUCAUUCUGGUGAAAGCAUCUGUCUGAGAAAUAAGAGCUGAAUAUUGUUUUUCGGAUUUAAAUUAAUAUGUAAAAUAGAGAGGAAUCGAAUCGGGUCAUAAUAUUGGAUAUUUUAGUUUUGAUUCUCGCGUUCUUCAGAAAGCAAUAACUAUCCGAUUAUAUGACUCGAUUAUAGUACUGCACCAGAAUAAACAAUUUAGUAAAUAUGGAUAUUUAUCUUUAGGAGAAUAAAAAUAGUGAUUUUAUAAGUCACUUAGUGAUAGUGUCAUUCAUAGUGGUAUUGUAGCUUUUUCAUUUGUGUACUUUAAAAAUAUUGAAACUGUUUUUCAUUUGCUUUUUUAUAUAAAAACUAGAUUAUGAUACGUGUAUUAA